AGCAGAGUGCAGACCGGAGACGCCGUGCAAAGCUUUUUCCCCCCCAAAUUUUUUCACCAAGACGUCAAAAUAACACCCGAACGAUGACAUUAAAUCACGCGGGACGCAAGCACAUCAUUUGACAACCUGCGACCUACAUCGCUCCUCUUCUUCUCCGCUCCUUGUGCACCCCCACUCCAACGUUCCUGCCCAGCCCCCCCACCGGUCCUCUCAACCAGCAGGACCAUGAUGCUGAGCAGCUCGGUGGAGGUGCCCAGCCCGGGCGGGUUGAGCAGCCUCAGCGGUCUGAGCGAAGCGGCUCGGAACGUUGUGCGCUCCUCUAGCAUCUCGGGGGCCAUGUACAACCUGGAGAAGAGUCCCGGCGGCGGGGGCCCCGAGUCGGCGUCGUUGGCCGGCAACAAGAAACGCCGCUCCAGUCUGGGGGCCAAGAUGGUGGCCAUUGUAGGCUUGUCACAGUGGAGCAAGAGCACGCAGCAGCUCAACCAGCAGGACGGUGGGACCAAGAAGCUUCGCAGUACCAUCCGACGGAGCACGGAGACCGGCAUCGCCGUGGAGAUGAGGAACCGGGUGACACGGCAAGGUAGCAAGGACUCCACUGACGGCAGCACCAACUCAAACAGCUCAGACGGAACGUUUGUCUUCCCUACCACACGCCUCGGGCCCGAGAGCCAGUUCAGCGACUUCCUGGGCGGCUUAGGCCCCGCUCAGAUCGUUGGGCGACAAACAUUAGCAACGCCUCCUAUGGGAGACGUCCAUGUUGGAAUGGUGGACAGAGGAGGUCAACUGGAGGUGGAGGUCAACCAGGCCAGGGGCUUGAUCCCCAAACCGGGCUCCAGGAACAUCCCGGCAACCUACGUGAAGGUGUACGUUCUGGAGAACGGUGUGUGCCUGGCUAAGAAGAAAACCAAAGUCGUGAAGAAGAAUCUUGACCCCAGCUACCAGCAGCCUCUGUUGUUUGACGAGAGUCCUCAGGGAAAAGUCCUCCAGGUAAUUGUGUGGGGGGAUUACGGGCGUAUGGACCACAAGUGCUUCAUGGGAAUGGCCCAGAUCCUGUUGGAGGAUUUGGACCUCACUGCGACAGUGGGUGGCUGGUACAAGCUGUUCCCUACCUCCUCUAUGGCGGACCCCAGCAUCGGACCACUCACUCGCCGCCUCUCGCAGUCCUCCCUGGAGAGCGCCACCAGCCCUUCUUGCACCUAAAGCUGAGUCACUCAUAUUUGUACAUAGACUCUACCUUGAAGCGCAGGAGCCGACGUACUCCUCUGAACGCGUGCAAUUUUCUAAGUAGGGAAAAAAAAAAAAAACUCAUCCAUUCAACAUUUUACCUGAAAACGUAGCAUUUUCCCACCGCCAUAUUCCAACAUUCCCAAAGCGAGUGCCAUAACCUGCAUUUUGAGGUUCCACAAUAGCAUCCCAGGGCCAUACAGAUGACACUUUCUAAACUCUCUAUGCCAAACAUUAGAAGAAAAAAAAUAUUUUUUAAAACCAAAGCAAUUGUUAUUGUUGUAGUCUUAGAUGAAGCAGUCGAACAAUAUAAAAGUAUGGAUAUGUAGCAGAGCCAGCGAUUUAGAAGUGACAUUCUGCAGGCACAAAAUGGCCGCCGAUAUUUAAAUGCAGGAACGUAUGUGAGGUUAUUGUACAGGGCGGGUUUGAGUUUAUACAUAGUUAUGCAUAUCUACAUCUAGAGUUCAAAAUUUGUUUGUACUCGCGUGUGUAUCGGGCUGCAUGUUUUGCUUGUGACAUUUAAAAAAAAAAAGAAAACAAGAUGGUGGAUAAAAUAUGGUGAUAGAAAAUUCUGCCUUUAUAUUUCUGCCACAAGGCACAAAAUGAAGAGUUGGAUUGAAGGGGUUUUGGAGCUUCCCUUUUUCCUGCGUAGCAGCAUUUGGAAUUUUGCGAGGCUUUAUUUGAAAUAUGAUUGAAAGGCGACACAAACAACAUUCUAUUUUACUCACGUGUUGCGCUACGCUUCUUUUAAAGACGGCACUUUAGUACUUUGACAUGUUUGACGCUGUUUCUCAUGUAAUAUGGCGAUUGCUUUCAAUUUGAAUACUAGCAUGGAAAUGUAACAGCACGUUGCUUUAUUGAUUUUUUUUUAUUGGCUUUAUGGAUUUUUUGUUUUGUUUUUCACCUUUGUGGGAACAACAGAAACAGGUCUGGUAGCACUUUCGAUCUGACACCUGCAUCUUAAUAAUAAUUUUAAAAAAAACGAAUUCAGCAUAGGUUGUAGCGGAAAACUUUAACGUAGUUUUUCCCAAUAAUUUCAAGCAAGUAAUUGGCUUUUUUUUAAAAAGUAAAACAAAAAUAGUUUAUUGUUGGAACCAGCACUGAACUUUACAAAAUCUUUUUAAAAGUGACAUGAAUUUGCAUGUUUUUACCGCAGUACAUUCCGUUGCUCAGUACUAAAUGGAGCUCACAUUUGUACUUUUAUUUUCCCUUCACAGCACUUGAGAAAUCCAACAAAAUUCCACUUUGGAUUUGAAUAUAAUGUAAUAUUUUCUUGACAUGAUCUACGUACGGUAUUGUAGGGUAUUCUAUACAGUAUAUAUAUCAAAAUCUUCGUGUCUUUUUGUGGCAUGAUAAUGUAAAAUGAGUACAAAUACUGUAUUUGCACACAAUCUCUUCAGUGCACCUUUUUGUGAUUCCCCAAAAAACUUUGAUGAUCCACUCUUGUUUAAAAAAAAAAAAAAAAAAAAGAGAAAACCACUUUGUAUAACAU